GCAGAAUUGGGUGGCCGCUUGAAGUAUGUGUACAGCGCCAAAUUUUUGGAUGGGCUCGGGUCUCUCGCAGCCCACAGGAAAAGUCAGGAUGGUGCAAACGGUAUGCAUGUUUGUUUCUCUUAGUCACAAGCUUCUGAUGUAGACGGAGGACUUGACCUGCUCACCUUGCUCAAUUCCUUUCAUCUCCACGCAAGGGUUGGAGCAGGAACGAUCAAAGUUCGCGGUCAAGCAGCGGCUGCGUACAUCAGAUAGACCCUCAGUAGCCAAGCGCUGACGAAGCCGCCACGGACACUUCCAAGCCGGAAAUCUCAGGACUCGGCAGUUUCAGUAUCGUUACUGCUCUGCCGACGGGGAUGCCAUGCAAGGUCCACUACUCUGUCCAGCCCGGUGACCAGGUCGAACAGGGCUGCCGGGUGUAAGCGAGAAGCUGUCAUCAACAUGGCGAUCCACUCGGUCUUGAUCUUCAACAACAAUGGAAAGCCUCGCCUGACAAAGUUCUACACCCACAUGCGAGGCGGCGUAUCAACGCAGCAAUCGCUCCUGAAGCAGAUAUAUGCGCUGGUUUCUCAGCGGCCGGAUGGUGUAUGCAAUUUCCUGGAUGCCCCCGAGCUUAGGACCAUGCUCAGCGCGACCAUCGCGCAUGCUGUGCGCAUCUGCCCUGACGGAGAGAACGACGCAUGGGUUAAGGAGACACGACCGGAUCAACUGCGUGUCAUCUACAGGCACUAUGCAACAUUGUACUUUGUCUUUGUUGUUGAUGGCAGCGAGAGCGAGCUAGGAAUAUUGGAUCUCAUUCAGGUCUUCGUCGAAUCUCUCGAUCGAUGUUUCGAGAACGUCUGCGAACUCGACCUCAUCUUCAACUUCGAUCAGGUGCACGCCAUCCUGGGCGAGAUGAUCCAAGGUGGAUUGGUCCUCGAGACCAAUAUUAAUGAAAUUGUCGCAUCUGCCAAGACAAUCAAUAAGGCACGCAAGGUAUCCGCUGCCACGUCCGGGGGUGGAGGCGGCGCCGCGAGCUUUGGAACGGCAACAGGCUCCCAAGGUGCUGGUGCCGGCGUAGCUUCCAUCAUGACUGCUGGUGGCGGCGCAGGGUGGAAUGUGGCUGGUCAAGUGGUGAGCUGGGCCCUUCGAAGGGGCUGAUAGUGGAGUUCACGACCGGAUUCAGGAUUCCGAGUAUGGUAUAUGGGUUGUAUCAUAGCAGCCUUAGAGCGCAGUUGUCCCAGUCAGAGCAAAUGAGGCCAAAGGUGACCGGACGGGGGAUCAUAGGAGAGUAUUCGG